AUGGAGCUACUCUUAAACAAAAUAGUGAACGAGCCCAGAGCCUACUUUUGCUAUCAAGAAGAGGCUGAAGGCGAAACGCCGCCAAUUUCCGACGAUGAGAAGAAGAGGAUUGUCGACGAACUCUUUCAACAAAACAAAACACUGUUCCUUCAGCGAUACAAUUCGUUUAUGAACGUCGACGACUGCUCGCUAUUCGACAAGGAGGACGAUUUUAUUGUGAAGCACUUCUUGGCACAGAUCAGAAGAAGAGAAGCAACGCCUUCGACCAGUUCGAUUAAACAAGAAUUUGUAAAGGAUACACCGAACAAAGGUCAGAUCAGAAAUCGACGUUUUGCUGCUCUCCAGAAAAUGAAAAAGGAAGGACGGUAUUUUUCCAAUGAGAAAAUGCGUGAACGCGAGCCAUUGUUAUUUGACAAAAUGAUUGGACGGUAUCUCGAUGAGAAAGAACAGCUAAAUCUUCGGCCAACGGUGAGCAGAGCAGGUGGAUGGUCAAGAAUUGUCGAACAAUUUGAGGAAAGUAUGGAGGUUGCGGAUAGAAGAAACGAACAUAGCACGAUUUGGGAUCAUGGAGAUGAUCACACGAGGCAUGAUGAGCAUCAGUCUCGGUUCUUCUCUCACGUCGCAAACAAGCUAGAUGAUGAAUUUGUUCCAGAAGAAGAUGAGAUGGAAGAUCAACCACAAGAGGAAAAUGAUGGACCGCUUCGAGAAAUCAAGGAAGAAGUCAACAGAAUACAUGACGACAUGAUGCUGGAAUUUGAUGAAGACGAAGACACUAAUCCAGAAGUGUUGCAAGAAGAAUUCAUCGCUUAUAUGGAGGAUCGCUUUAUGGCAGGAAAAGAUGAGAAUUUUUUUGACUACACAAUUGUCGACAAUAACGCGACAAUUGACGAUAAAGAUGUGAUAAGAGAGCAGGAUUUACAAGAUCGAUGGUUCGACCAGGAAGAGGCAGAU